AUUUGAAUCAGAGACUGUGGAUUCUUUCAUGAAGGAAAUUUUAGCUAGCUAAAGAGGUUCUAAACAAGUGCCCUCUCGUGCCUGGAAUUAUAUACAUAGUGUUCGCUAAGGAUCCUACCAUCUGUAAAGCGGAAGAAGUCGCAAUUGUAGUCCGACAGGCGCUGCAGGACACCGGGAUAAUCCGCGUGCCUGAUUAAUGGAACAAUUAUCGGAUCAAAUAAGAAGAUUUGUGGAGAUGAGGUAUUAAGAAAAUCUGCUAGGCAAUAAAGCACGCAAAUAUACGAAGAUAUUUUGCAAGUAUGGGCAAUCAUCGAAGUUGAAUUCUUACACGUUAUCUAUACACGCCAUAUUUACAUUGUUGUGCCGACUUUUAUGGAAAUCGGGCUUUUCUUUUUAUCUAAAACGAAAUCUGCUAGAUCAAAAUAAUUCAAAAUCACCGAUAAUAUCAAAUUAUUCCGAACAAUAAGGAUAAAAGGAUAUAGAUAUCGAAUGAACGAAAUUACAGGGCGGUUUGCACACAUUCAAAUCUCCUAUACAGACGAAAUAACUGGCUGGAGAAAUUUAUAAAAAUGAGCAAAACUGCCAAAUAAUAAAUUGUAUCAUGUGUUGCCACUCUCUUGUACAAAAAGAAGAAAAAGAAAUCGAUUUAAUUCAUUGAAAUGAAAUAUUGUCCUGAAAAAUGAAAUAUAAUAUAAGUGUGGUGGUCACAGGAUAAGUACAAGGAAACAUAAAUAAGUAAAAUUUUAAUAUCGUGUAUAUUAUAUAAACACAUCCUGUUUUGAUAAUGGAUAACUGCCUUAAACAGAAAGAAAUAAGGAAAAAAGAGAAUUUAAAUAAGAGUAUAUGUCUUAAAUUUUGUUCAACAAAGAUCAGCAGCAUAAUGUAUCUGGAGGACUACUAUUGGCAAAACGAACAAGUUUUGUAGAUUUGGAUAUUAUCUGGUAGCGUGAGUUAGAAGACUCUAUGUAUGAUUAUUACAUGAUCUAGAGAGAAUGUUUUCAAGGCGCAUCAUGCCAUGGGGAAAUGCUGUAUCAUAACUUCAAAUUUGUUCGCAGGAACGGAUACUAUUUUUGGAUGAUAUAAUAUAGAUAGAAGAAUAUUGCAUACAGAUGCGCGUUCUUAUUAUAUAUUCAAGUGCUGGAGUGUUGAAAAGUGUUGAAAGUUAUUAUUGAAUAACAAAAACGAAUUAUUGUGACGGUAUUAAAGCUUAAAACGAAUGUGCUAUAAAAAUGAAAUUAAGUUAACGUAUUUAGGAGUUAUAAUUUGGUGCAAUUGAAAAAAAAGUGUGAAAGUUGCUAUAUAAAAUCGUUCUUAUAGAAAGAAAACUCACGAAAGAAUAUUUAAGAUUUUAUGACUUUGAGAUAAAUUACUUUUAGUUCCUACUUUUCGGACAGCAUAAAAUAUACAUGUAGUUCAUAUUAUAUGGUAUAAAAAAGAAGAACUAAAACUGCGAUAUAUAAAAAAUCGCUUAAUCAUUAGAUAAACCAUGUGGUUGGAACAAGUUGGAAUGUAUGUUUUUAAUUAUCUUUGAAUGAGUGACGAAUGUGUUAUUAUUCUAGGUAUACACUGAGAUUUGAAAGAGAGAAGGUAAAAAAAUAUCGCCAAAUAUUUUGCUCGUUAAACAAAUUUCUACACGUGCUUAGUAUGCCAAGUUUAAGCGUUUAGAAUUUCAAAUUAGGCGUCUGUUGUGGAGAGAAAAAAGUGAUGAAAAAGAAUCGGUAGCAGUCAGGGGGGAAAGCUUGGCAUAUUUUUCUUUUCUCCUGCAUUACUCAUUAUACAUCAUCAAAUCAGGUGAAAAGGAGAGCAUAGGUUACAGAGCUAGAGAGUAGAUGUAAAGACAGCGUGUGUUAUACACAAGAUGGUAUAUAAAACACUGUGUAUUAUAACUUAUAUAUAUAUACCUGGAUAGGAACAAAUUAUAAAAGCGUUGAAGAUUGUCGUAAAACGACCGGCAGAUGAAAAUACGCUUAGAUAACAUAUUUACUAUGUUAACAUGUACACAAGACUUUACUGGAGUUAUGCUGUAUGCUGAAAGUUGAGGAUUUAUUUUUGGUAUCGCGUUGAAACCGAACGGAUUGUUUGUUUGUUGAAUAAAUGUUUUAUUACGUUUGCGUUCGGUAUAUCACUUUUGAGAAGUGUUUAUCAAACUUGUUUACAAUAAACCUACAAACGCGGAUGGGAAAAUCAUUUAAUGAACCAAGUUUUAUCAAAUAGAUGUGAAACUAUUUCACACAUAUAUUUUUACAGUAGAUAAAGAUCUACAAUAAAAGGGAAAUUAUAGAUAUCGGAUAAAAAUCAAGCUCAGUGUAAAGACUGUGUUUAUUUGGAAUAGUUGAGUUGUGGAAUGAUUAAUGUAUGCGGAUAGUUUGUUUUUUCGGAGGUUUAAGAGGAUGGUCAAAUUAGAGGAAUUAAUUAGUCUGAUGUAUGCGAUAUAGAUGAAAAAUUUUGAAUUUUUUUAAAAGAAAGGAUACUACUGUUAAAGGUAUUUUUGUUUGAAGAUAUGAUGAAGUACGGAUCGAAUCUCGAAAUAAUGUUGCUGAAGAAGAUGCGUUUAGUAUAAUUUACGAUAAUAAUUAGUUAUUGAGGUGAAUGGGUGUAAAUACCUCCAUUGAUGUGUACAAAAUGAUGGAAAUUAUUUCUUAAGUUAUUAAUAAUUUUAUUAUUUCUACCAAAGUAACUAUGGAGUCUACGCCUAUGAUACAACAUCGAGUGCCAGCAGCGCGGAAGCUAAAGCGGAUGUUCAGCCGGUACGAGUUUGAAAGCGCCGAGCUGGAGCGCCUGUACCGCCGCUAUGUGUUCAAGCUUCGGCAAGCUUCACUAAGCAAAUUACUCGGCCUUAUGUGCCUUCUUUGUGCCUGCAUGAUAAUUCUCAACUUCUACUAUGUUCAAAAUAUAAGUGUGCCUGGAAUAUACAUGAGCGUGCAAUUUACAGUGUUUCUUCUGUUGUUUAUUUUUCAUAAUACGAGGUUUAUGAAAGAAUCUCAUUUAGGUGUCGUUUGCACGGUGAUUAUGAUAUUCCUUCUAGGAUUUGUUGUGUUUUCAUUACCUUUCGAUUUUGGAUCUAUUUACGCUGACAGGCCGUUGCCUACAUAUACGCCUGUCAAUGGAGUCUGGGAAAUAAUGUUUAUUGUGUUCGUUAUCUAUUCUAUGAUGCCACUUCGGACUUAUCUUGCCGCCAUUUUUGGAAUUAUUAUUCCGGUCAGUCACCUGGUAGUUACGCCCCUUGUUGCUAAUAAUAUACCGGAGUUGCUAUGGAGACAGCUAUUGGCAAAUGGUAUCCUCUACCUGUGUGUAAAUAUAGCUGGUAUUUUUAUCCACAAUGUUACGGAGAGAGCCCAGCGGAAAACAUUUGUGAAGACAAGAAACUGUAUUGCUUCGCGUCUAGAUAUAGAAGAUGAAAACGAAAAGCUGGAAAAGUUGUUGCUCAGUGUUCUUCCACAACAUGUUGCCAUGGAGAUGAAGAAUGACAUUACAUCCCCACACCAGGGAAUGUUUCACAAGAUAUACAUACAAAAACACGAAGACGUUAGCAUCUUAUUCGCAGACAUUGUUGGCUUUACUUCUAGUCUUUCUUCCCAUUGUUCAGCUGAAAACCUUGUCAAGAUUCUCAAUGAAUUGUUUGGCCGAUUUGAUCAUCUAGCAAAGAACAAUCAUUGUUUAAGAAUUAAGAUUCUUGGUGACUGUUAUUAUUGUGUGAGUGGUCUGCCAGACAAACGAGAUGAUCAUGCUAAAUGCUGUGUGGAAAUGGGCAUGGAUAUGAUAGAAGCCAUUGAUUUUGUAUGUGAGUCUACCGGAGUAAAUUUAAACAUGCGCGUUGGAAUACAUACUGGUCGAGUAUUGUGCGGUGUCCUUGGGCUAAAGAAAUGGCAAUAUGACGUAUGGAGUAAUGACGUCACAUUAGCGAACGCCAUGGAAUCUGGUGGUAUACCUGGACGUGUACAUAUUACCAAACAAACAUUAGAGUGUUUGCACGGGGAGUAUGAAGUUGAGAAUGGGCAUGGUGGGGAGAGGAAUUCCUACCUACAAGAACACGGAAUAGAAACAUAUCUUGUCAAAUCACUUCACCCAGUUCCACCUAAGGAGACGCAUCUUUCCGACAAAGGUCUAGGUGGUAUAAGAGGAAAGAAAUUGUCGUUUAGGAGUGUCACGAACUGUGUUAUGAGGCUGAUCCAUUCUGUCAAAUUUAAUGCAGAAAUUCCAUUUUCCAACGUACUUAAUCCCCAAUCUGAUGAGCCAAAGCACCAUUCGAGCCAUGGAGGUUCCAAUAAAUUCACAAAAUUUGGCUACUCAGUAACAGACAAACUACGGAAAGCGUUCAAAGAAAGGCAUUCCAACAAGCCGACGCCAGUAGACAGGGUAAACAAGUACCUUAAUCAAGCGAUUACAGCAAGAAGUGUGGAGCGAGAGAAGUCGGAACAUGUAAACUAUAUUACAUUAAGGUUUAGAAACACCGACAAGGAAAAACUGUAUCAGGCCAUGGAUGACUUCGCGUUCAGUAGCAGUAUGAUAUGCUCUAUGUUGAUGCUAAUAUGUACAGCCGCCCUAAACACUGCCAUGUUACCAAGGACACUCUUGCUAUUGAUGCUAUUUUUAGCAUCAUUUUGUUGGAUAGCCGUUGUGUUAAUGCUCAUACUGAGUGUGAAAUUAAAGUGCACGGAGUUUGAUAUUCGGAAAUCGUCGGGUCUACGGCUCUUUGUGAUGAUCACAACUGUGUUACUCAUCUAUGCAAUGGCGCAAGUCAAUGUUUUUUGCUGCGCAGAUGGUGUGUUCCAUGUGUUUACAAAGACAAUGCUCUCGGAUACCGCCUCAGACAGCCAUCUUCAAUGCGGCGUUCCUCAUUACGUGUACCUCACGUGCGUAAUGGCGUACAUAAGCGUCUCGGUGUUCCUGAAGCUUGCAGCUGGAAUCAAGUUUCUACUGAUGCUGAUCAUGGGCGCAGGCUAUAUUGUCUUGAUGGAACAUACGCACUCAAAAAUAUUCACAGAGUUUGAUAGCCUAUACAACCCAAUCAUUCCUACUAAUUUCUCCGGUAUAGUUGUGUUGAUCAUAUUCAUGGUGACACUGUAUGUACAAGGGAGACAAUCGGAGUGGACAUCACGGUUGGACUUCUUAUGGAAAACACAGGCGACAGAAGAGAAGAUUGAGAUGACAGACUUACAGAAUAAUAAUCGACAGAUAUUAUGUAACUUGUUACCAGCUCAUGUUGCGGCACAUUUUAUUGAUAACCAAAAUAAAAGUCAUAUGGAGUUGUACAGCCAGCACUACAGCAAGAUUGGCGUUUUCUUUGCCUCAAUACCAAACUUCUCCGAGUUUUAUAUGGAGCUUGAUGCUAACAACCAAGGAAUGGAGUGCCUUCGUGUCCUCAACGAAAUAAUCGCCGACUUUGAUGAGUCUCUGAAUGAGCCAAAAUUCCGUGCUGUUGACAAGAUUAAGACCAUCGGAAGUACCUACAUGGGCGCGAUAGGUCUGAUGCCAGAAUACAAAAUACAAGCUGAUUCGCCUGAUUCAAUCACGCAGAAUCUGUCAAUACUGGUGGAAUUUAUUCUGGCUAUGAAGGAAAAGCUUCAUAAUAUUAAUGAGAAUUCAUACAACAAUUUCAUGCUGAAAAUAGGUGUUAAUGUUGGUCCAGUGGUAGCGGGUGUGAUUGGUGCCCGAAAACCACAAUAUGACAUUUGGGGAAACACUGUGAAUGUUGCCAGUAGAAUGGAGAGUACGGGAAAACCUGGAUCCAUACAGACGACAGAGGAUGUGAAAAAAGCACUAAGUGACUGGUACGAGUUUGAGUGUAGAGGAACAGUAAAGGUAAAAGGUAAAGGAGAAAUGACAACGUAUUGGUUAAUUGGAAGAAAAGCUGCUACUGGUCUACCAAAUCCCAAACCACCAUUGGCUUCACAAGGGGCACAAUCUCCAAGUCAAGGCCAGUCAAAGGGUCCAUCUAGUCCACGUGAAAAUACACCAAAAAGUCGAGGGUUCUUUAAUAGGCAGACUUCAUCUGAAUCAACAAAGAGUGGCUCAAAGCAGGACCACAAGCAAGGAAAACAGAGUAGUUCAAGUACUAGUCAGUCUUCUCCGUCUUGUUCUUCUAAUCUAAGUCAACGUACGAACCCUACAGAAAAGAAUGGUAACGACCGAGUAGUGUCUGCUACCGCCAAUGUGCCUCAAUCGCCGUCUUCGUCAUUAAAAUCAACGCCAAGGUCGCCAAGUGGAAUAGUGCGUGCAUAUGAGCAAGAGCAUGCACAAAAGAUAGAUAUGCAAAUGAGUAUGCCGACACCUCCAGGCAGUCUAAGUAGAAGACGAAAUAACAUUGAAAGUCCAAGAGACUCGCGAAAUCCGUUGAGAAAGCUUAGCAAUAAUUCAUUGACAAACUGUAUUUCAAACCAAGGUCCACCAUCAGAAACUUCAUCCACCUAUAUGAGAGUGGACUCACCGGAAUUGCCUGCAGUGCAUUUCAGGAAUUUAAAAAUGAACGAUGGCGAUGACAGAAAUUCCCGAGCAAUACAAAAUGAUUUGUUUGAUAGUCUUAAGGUUGGACUUGAAGUAAAGCACAAUGAUAAGCAUUCUAAACUUAAGAAAAAGAAAGAUAUAAAUCGUUCGAUUAGUAACCCGUUGGACAAAGAAAUUGUUAGAAAGUCUUUGAACAAUGAAAUCCCACCUCCUUUGCCAGCCAAAAAUAGAGAUUCAUUUGGAUAUGCACAUUUACAUUACGAUAGUAUUACUCCUGUUAAAACACAAAACGUAAAUCAAAAUCCAUACCCGUUAAAAAGAUAUUCAUCUGAACACGGGCGCCCUAUUGUUCCAUAUCAAGUGAGCAAUCCAAUAGUGCCUAUGAUGCAAGAGACGCCCCUCGUGCAGGCUGGGGUCACAAAUCCUAUUCUCAGCCCGGUUAGGUCUGCACCGUGCCAGUCACCUAGAAGUGUCAACCCACAAAACAAUUUCUUCUUUCCUAACAACCAUGCAAACAUCGCUUUGAAAAAUGAUCUUGCCAGUAUUGAUGAAAUACCACCUGAGGAAAGGCGGAAACGUUCGAAUGUACUCAAAGAACUUGGUACAGUCGUUAAUCCUGCCCUGCCUAAUCGCCCAGUUUUACGGCAUGUCAAAGUAGAAAAUAAUGUUCCUAAUGAGGCAACCUAUAGCGUUAUUAACAAAAAUAAAUCUCCAGAUGAAACGUGCGAAGAAAAGUUUGUGACUGCAGUAUAUCGGGAACCAAUUGCAGCGUCGGCAUCCCCAAAUCACAGUCCAAUACCUACACCACCAUUAAAGGAGACACUAUCGAAACGAAAUACUCCCCAGAAUAUGCAAAGAAGUACACCAAAUUCGUUUGAGGCGCCUUUGCACUCGCAAGAGCACGAACCAUUAACAAGAUUGCCGCCUCGCCCAACACCCCCAGAUCCUCGACGAAUUUCUGAUGGAUCACAUCAUAGCAGUAAUAGCUCCGCGUCAACAUUGACGCCAACCUCUGGCAACCCACUGGUUGCAAGUAUUGAUGGGAAAAUGAUGUCAUUGUUGCCACCUCCUCCAGAAUCUCAAGAUCUUGAAGAUGAAGAAGAAAAAAUAAUUUCCCUUCUGAAGCGGUCUCCUUCUGAUAGUGCAAAAGAUAAGAUAAAACAUCGAAAAUCUGUACCGCAAGUUAAGAGAAGUAAUUCUAGUCCAAAAUCAAGACCAAGAGGCCUUCCUGUUCCUAUGCGGAACAGAAAUGAGCCUAGUCAUAACGUGAGUUCAUUUUCAGAUGACGACGAGUCGGUAGCAUCUCAUCAACAGAGUGAAAAUUCUUCUGUUGUACUGCUGCAGCCGAUCGAGUUAAAGCUUGCAAGGCCAGCAUACGUUCGUCAAAUCUCAAAUCCUGAUCAUCACUUAAAAGCCUUUCUGGCAAAUUCGGAUUUUAGCUUUCCUAGCAGACACAGACAUCUGUCACGCUCAAGUGAUACGAUAAACAGUAUCCCACGUGGUCAACAGACACCAAAGUUUCCGCUUAUGUCAGCAGAAUCAACGUCAUUGACGCAAUUACUAAAAGAAUUGGCAAAUGAUCACCCAUCUCUUGAUAUAAAUUUACAUACAGACUUGCUUGGUCGCCAUGACGAGUCGGAUUUUGAUUCAGAUGAAGGGGAUCAUCUUAGAAAUGUGAGAAUAAAAGGUUUUACGGAAUACGAACCUUUAUUAAAUGGUGCUAACAGUGAUUUUGAUAAUGUUACAGAUAAUAGCGUAGUAAGCAAUAAAGCGAGCAGAGGUAAGAUUAAAGAUAUGGACAAAUCAAAGAAAGCAAAUGGAAAGGUUCUAAUAGGCAAAAAUGGAAUCAACCCUUACCAGAUUAAAAGACGGAACAAUUACACGAUACCGCCUAGAUAUUGUCGAAGUUUGGACUAUAUUCCAAGUGAUAGGGACGAGCAUAAUCAAUCAAAUCAGUCUUCAACUUGUGGAAGCCCUAAAUCAAAACAUGAUAUACCAUCUAUGCACGCGUAUAUGUUUCCUUUUUUCUCCGGACGGAAUGGUCUAGGUAUCGACAGCAUAAGUGUCUCGUCGGUUGACUCCGGGAGCGAAAUGUCGCGAAGUGAUCCUCAUUUGAAUAUGGAGGCAGGCUCAUCUGCGUAUGAAUCGGAGUAUGAUAAUUAUCGCCCUGGAAUGACGAGCGACGAGGACUUUUUUCAUCCAGAACCGGUCAGUGAUAUGGAUAUUGAUCUGUUUGAUGAUGUUAAUGUUGACAAUGUCACUGUAAGCGAUCAUUACAGUUUCGAUCUACCACCUCUGCCUGUGUUCCCAAAAAAGAAAAUCACAGAGGUGUGACGACGAUAUCGUGUUAUCAAAAAAUAAAGGAAAGUUAAACAAACAGAAAAUGAAAUUUGGUAUAGAGGUGAAGAAACUGUGUCAAGAGUAAACAAAUAUGUCACUUAAAUUGUAUACAUGAAUUUUUCACCACCAGUUUGUAUAUGAAAUUAGUAACGAUGAAGUGAGUGCCGUCAUAUUUUAAAAGAGAAAAAGAUCCGUUGGGAAAGAAGGAAACGCAUUACGCAUGGAAGUAGAAAGGAAGAAGACUUAUAAAAAUGUCUUCCCUCCUUGACAACUUCCCUCCCAAGCAACCUAAAUACCAAAGAGUAGAAUGUAUAAUUUUGCAUCAUAUUUAUGGCUUUUUUUGUUUGUUUGAAAUGACUUGUUUGGGUUUAUGAAAGUAUUAUUACUCGAGGAUGUGCAUAUUAUUAAUAUUUAUAUAACAUUAUUGGUUUAAAAAUGUGGAGUACAAGUGUAACUUAUUGGUAAAUGUUGUUGUUUUUGUUUGUUUUUUCUUCGGUGAUAUAUUUACUUGAUGUAUUUAAUAUUCAUUUUACAUUUCAAAAGCAGGAAAAAUGCAUUUUUUUUUCAAAACAAAUUUUUAGUUAUGUAAACAAUAAAUAAAGGACUUCAAGUAUCGCUAAAGAUUGCAUAGCAUGGCUGCAAGUUAAAAAUACAUGUAUCAGAAAACCUAAAAACUAUGAAUUUAGUAUAUUUCAAUUGGUUUUAUAUAGAAAGAGAGCUUUCAGGAGUAUAAAAACUGAACUUUUAGGCAAAUGCCUGAAAGCUUUCCAUGUAGUCAGUGUAUGCCUAUUGCAUAUGAUACAUAUUUUAGUAACGUGCUUCAUAUUUCACCACCUUGAAAGUUGUUCUUUUCUUUCUUGUAUAAAUAAUGUGUUAAUUAAUUUAAUUUGAAACAGAUGUCUAUAGGGUGCAUGUUCAUGUAGAAGUUGGGUAUUUAUUUGGUGCAUUUUACUGAAGCUGCGUUUUCUUUUUGAAUAAAAAUGUUAUGAUCUA